AUCACUAAUAAUUGUUAGCUUUUUCUUCUUUAUGUUUCAUCAUUAAUAAUUGUUGUUUUUUCUUCUAUACGUUGCAACAACUCAAUAAGUCUUGUUAAGCUGCAUUUUCAUCUAACUUGAAUUUCUUUAACUAUUCUUACUCUGUUGAACUAAGUUAUGGCGUCUAUUCUUGGAGGAGCACUUCUAUCGGCUUCCAUGGAGAUGCUGGUGGGAAAGAUUGUUUCUGGUGAGAUUGUUGAUUUCUUUCGGAGGACUAAGCUUGACGAUGUGCUGUUGGAAAAGAUGAAGAUAACACUGCUGAGUCUUCAAUCUGUACUUUAUGAUGCUGAGGACAAACAGAUUGAUAAUCCUGCGGUCAAGGAGUGGCUGAUUAUGCUGCAAGAUGCUGUCUUUCAAGUUGAUGAUUUGUUUGACGAAAUCAACACCGAGGCAUUAAGGCGCAAAGUGGAAGCUGACCAGGUUCUUAAAAAACUUUCUUCUACUUUUAAAAGGUUUAAUAAAAACAUCAAUUCUAAACUGUCAAAGUUAUUUGAAACACUGGAACAUUUGAGAAAGCAGAAACUUGGCUUAAGAGAAGGUGAUUCCAGCCGUGUUUGGAACAUAACUCCUACAACUUCUGUUGUGGGAGAUGAAUCUGCUUUUUAUGGAAGAGACGAUGACAAAAAGAAACUUAAAGAGUAUUUGCUGUCAGAGGAUGAUUAUGAUAGUGAAAGUAAAAUAGGAGUGAUUUCUAUUGUGGGUAUGGGAGGAUUAGGAAAAACAACACUAGCUAAACACCUUUACAAUGAUCUUCGUGUGAAGGAUGAAUUUAAGCUAAGAGGAUGGGCUCAUAUUCCCAAAGAUCUUGAUAUUUUCACAGUCACUAAAACCAUUCUUGAAUCUGUCACUGCAGGAGCAAUUACAGAUACUAACUUGGAUAAACUCCAAGUACAGUUGCAGCAAACUUUAAGUAACACAAAGUUUUUACUAGUUUUAGAUGAUAUAUGGUACGGAAAAUAUGUUGGUUGGAAUAGUCUAAAUGAUAUCUUUAAUGUUGGGCAUAAAGGGAGUAAAAUCAUCAUCACUACUCGAGAUGAGAGAGUUGUACUACCCAUGCAAAAAUUUCUCUAUGUCCACCAUUUAAUGUCUUUGGAAACGGAAUAUUCUUGGGCUUUAUUAGCCAAACAUGCAUUUGUAGAAAGAAACUAUCAGCAACAUCCCAAUCUAGAAAUAAUUGGUAGAGAUAUUGCCAAAAAAUGUGGCGGCUUACCGUUAGCUGCAGUAGCAUUAGGGGGUAUUCUUCGCACCAAAUUGUCACAAGAUCAUUGGAGUGAUGUAUUAAACAAUAGUGUUUGGGACCGGGCAAAUGAUGAGGUGCAACCAGCACUUCUACUGAGUUAUCGUUAUCUUCCAGCUUAUUUAAAAGAAUGUUUUGCUCAUUGUUCAAUUUUUCCAAAGAACUCAAUUUUAGUGAAAAAGAUGGUGGUUCAGUUGUGGAUUGCAGAAGGCUUAGUACCUCAACCAAAAAGUGGCAAAAGUUGGGAAAAAGUAGCUGAAGAUUACUUUGAUGAGCUAGUGUCGAGGUCUCUAAUACGUCAAAGGUCUAUUGAUGAGGAGUCGGAAGAGUUCAUUGGUGAUGAAAAAGUUUGCUUCGAAAUGCACGACCUCAUCAAUGAUUUAGCUAUGACAGUAUCAUCUCCAUAUUGCAUUAGGUUGGACAAACAUAGGCUAGAUGAAAGGGUAGAUAAAAGAGUGAGACAGUUGUCAUUCGACAGGAAAGAAUAUAACUCAGGCGAUAAAUUUGAACUAUUCAAUGGAUUAAAAGGUCUACGAACGUUUCUAUCCAUUCCAUUGCAAUCUUUAUGGGAUUAUGAUAAUUCCGUAUCGUCAAAGUUAUUUUCUGAUUUGCUGUCGAGAAUGACAAAAUUACACGUGUUGUCUCUUUCAAACUACGAAAAUCUCACAGAGUUACCCAAUUCUAUUGGAAAUUUGAUUUACCUGCGAUACUUGAAUCUCUCUCGCACCGGGAUUAAAAUGUUGCCUUCAGAAACGUGCAAGCUUUACAAUUUGCAGACUUUGUUGUUGUCAUAUUGUCGUAAACUCAUUGAAUUGCCAAAAGACAUGGGAAAAUUGGUGAAACUACGCCACCUUGACAUCAGAGGCACUGAUUUGGAAAAAAUGCCGGUACAAAUAUCCAAAUUAGAAAAUCUACAAACAUUGUCGGACUUUAUUGUGAGCAGCGUUGAGGAUGUUGGGUUGAAGAUUGAAGAUCUUGGAAAAUUUCCCCAUCUACGAGGAAGCCUUUCCAUCUCACAACUUGAAAAUGUAAAUGACCCAUCCCAUGCUUCUCAAGCAAACUUGGAGAUGAAAAAAGAAAUAGACAAGUUGGAACUAGGAUGGUCUUACACUGCUCCUUCAAACUCACAAAUACAAGUACUUGAACGGCUGCGUCCGUCGACAAAUUUGAAGAGUUUGACCAUCUCUGGAUUUGGUGGAGACAAAUUAUCAAAUUGGGUGGGACAUCCUUUAUUUGUAAACAUGGUGUGUUUGAAGAUCACAGGGUGUAAAAAUACUUCAGUGCUGCCAUCCCUGGGGCAACUCUGUAAUCUAAAACAACUUUUUUUUAUUAAGAUGGAAUCUGUAAAAAGUGUUGGUACUGUGUUCUAUGGAAGUGGUUCUUCUUCAUUUCAACCAUUUGCCUCUUUAGAGACUCUAAGCUUUGAAGAUAUGCCAGAGUGGAAGGAAUGGAAGUUGAUUGGAGGUACAUAUAUAGAGUUUCCUAGUCUUAUAAACUUGUCUCUAAACUACUGUCCAAAACUGAAAGAAAACAUACCUGGCAACCUUCCUAAGCUUGAAAAUUUGUCACUUCAAAAUUGUCCCCAACUUAAAGGGAUGACACCCAACAAUCUUCCUUCUCUUGUCAUCCUUAGCUUAAGUGGUUGUCCAUUAUUGAUGGGGUCAAGACAUUCUAUUACAAACCCACCAUCUGACAUAUUCAGCCAAUUGGUGAUUUGUCUCAAUUCUCUUCAAAAGUUGACCUUAUACAGUAUUCCAUCUCUAACAUCCUUUCCGAUAGACGGUCUUCCCAAAACUUUACGAUAUCUCUAUAUCGAUGAGUGUGAGAAUCUAGAGUUCUUUUCUCAUGAAUCUUUUCAUAAUUACUCAUCACUGGAGGAUUUGCAUAUAUCCAAUAGUUGUAAUUCAAUGACAUCAUUUACCUUGGGCUCUUUCCCUGUCCUCAAAAGUCUAUAUAUUUGGAGUUGUAAACAUUUAAAAUCCAUAUCAAUAGCAGAAGAUGCAUCGGAACCAAAUCUAGUGUUUCUUAGAAGCAUCGAAAUAGUGGGAUGUGAUGAAUUGGAGUCAAUUUCCUUAAGUCGAUUACCCAUACCUAAACUCACUUCUUUAUGUUUGAUGUGGUGCAAAAAGUUUCGUUCUCUACCUGAAUCAAUAAAGUGUCUAACUAGCCUUCAAGAAAUGACAAUUACUAAACUUCCAAAUCUGCAAUCCUUUUCCAUAGAUGAUUUGCCUAUCAGUCUGCGAGAGUUGGUGGUUGGCGAUGUCGGAGGGAUUUUGUGGAAUACAACUUGGCAACAUCACACUUCUCUUUCAAAGUUGUCUCUUUAUUUUGAUGAUAUUGUGAAGGGGGUGAUGAGAACGCAAGUUCCGUUUCUACCCACUAAUCUCGUUUCUUUACGGGUCGCUGGGCUUGAAGAUAUAGAAUGCUUGGAUGGGAAGUGGCUUCAACAUCUCAACUCUCUCCAUAAACUUGAGAUUUAUCGUGCACCCAAGCUCAAGUCGUUGCCGGAAAAGGGGGAACUGCCUUCAUCUCUUAUAGAACUGCAUAUCAAUGACUGUCCCUUAUUGGAAGCAACAUUGCGGAGCAAAAUUUCUCAGAUUCCCAAAAUAUAUGUAAAUGACAAAAUCAUCGGAUGAGUAUUACUUCUAGGUUUUCGUUUCACUUUGGGUUCAAAUUGAAAUGAAAUGCUUCCUCGUUCAUAGGUCAGAGAAUUAUGAGUUGAUCAUAUUCACACAACUGUUGGGCACAGUCAUGGAGAAAUUACCCGACCUCACAAACCAAGAGGACCACCGAUGAAACAUUUGACGAAAUGAUGUGUUCUGCAAGACUUCAUUGUCACGUGUUACGUGUCGAUGAAUUUGAAUCCCAACUUUCAAAGCAUGGAAGUCUUUAAGAAACACUACUUUUAUGACUAGCAUGUCAUAGUUUAUUUUUUCGGAAGAGAUGAAAAAUCAUGCCCCCACAGCAGUUUCUAUGGAUCACUUCUCAUUUUUACACAUCUCUAAUCUUAAAGAGAUAUAAUGCCUAGAUGGAAAGUAACUUCAACACAUAGUCAGAAGAGAGGAAGCAAGUUUGCGGAAGAAACGAGGAAAAGAGUACUGUAAGAUUGGGGGCUGAAAUUCAGAAUUCCAACUGCAGACAAGUCAGAUUUCUAAGAUGGUGAAGAUUCUUAGAGAUCAAAUUGGAAGCUAGCUAGAAAACAAGUACAACUGUUGGGCAGUCAUGGAGAAAUCUGAAGGAAUUGCAAAAUUACUCAUCGAUCAACUGGACCUCACAAACGAAGAGGAUUGCCGAUGAAGCAUUUAACGAAACGAUGCACUUUGCAAAACUUAAUGGUUGUGUGUUCACAAACUAAGUCACAUUCUCAAAGAAGGUUAACAAUGUUUUGUGAAUUAUGUAGAAAAAGAUGCAGCUAUCUACCAAAAAGUUAUGUUGCUUUGCAAAUUUUUUAAAGUGGGGGUUUGGUAGAAUAUGAGAGAGCAUUUUCAUUAGGUUGGUUGGUGUUCCUCAGAAAACGAAUUUUGAGAUGAUGGAGAUUCUAAGAGAGCAAAUUGCAAAGCUAAAGACACUACAAUUGAUUAUUCCAAAGAGCUUUGCAAGAAAGUGUUUGUAUUCCCUCUGAGACAUUUAACCAAAUGAUGCACACUCCAAGGCAACAUGGCUGGCAUCCUCAACAUUGACGUGCAUUGUUUUGGGAUUGCUAGUACAUUUCCGCAAGAGGUUAUAAUCCUGCCUCAGCUGCAGUUUAUGGAUCAGUUCAAAUUUUCUACACAUAGAAUUCUUGGAUGGAAGUGGCUUCAAUGUGGUUUCCAGGAGAGGGGAAGUUGCAUUCCUCUCUUAAAGAACUGAAAAUCAAUUUGUGUCCAUUAUUUGAAUCAGGUAGAUUUCUAAGUUGUUGAAGAUUCUAAGAGAGCCAUUUGCAAUGCUAGAGACAAAACAAGUGUCGACUUCAUAUAUAAAAGAUGUUUAAGUGCUGUCUGGCUUCUCAGGUUUGUGUCUACUCAACUGGAGGUAGAUUCAUCCAAUGGUUUACUCUACUUCAAAGAGAACAAAUUGCAAAACGAGAGACAAAACAAUUGAAAGAAAGGUUUUAUAAUCUUGGAAUAAUAUUGAUGUCACAAACAAAUACGAUUGCAAGAAAGUGUUUGUAGUAUCCCCUAUGAGGCAUUUAACCAAAUGUUUAACUCUGCAAGGCAACAACAUGAUUGUGACUGUGAGUAUUCUUUAAUAAGAUCUCAAUUUCUAUUUGAUGUAUAUCUGUUUACUCCUACCUGAGCGGAAAUUUUGAAAGACGUGUUUGUGUCCUAGUAAGUUAUACUGCUUUGAAUCAUAUGUGUAGACGAAUUUGAAUCCCAACUUUCAAAGCAUGAAAGUCUUUAAGAAGCAGUACUUUUAUGACUAGCAUGCCAUAGAUGUGAGUGUCCCUAAUCCGUUUUCAUUAGUACUAAGAAUACUGCUCAUGUCGUUUUUAUUCAUUUUAAAGCCAAAUUAUGUUUCUAUAACAAGGCGUUCUCAACAUUGAGCUGCAUGGCUUGAGAUUUCUAAAAGAAGUGAAAAAUCAUGCCUCAGCUGCAGUUUAUAUGGAUUAGUUUUACACAUCUCUAAUCAUAAAGAUAUAGAAUGCUUGGAUGGAAAGUGGUUUAAACAUGGUUAUCAGAAGAGGGGAAGUUGCCCUCGCGCUUAAAGAACUGAAAAUCAAUUUGUAUGGAAGAAACAAAAUUGAUCAUAUUCCCAACAUGCUUAUAGAUUAUGAAUUGAUCAUAUUCAAAGAGUAUCAUGUCUCGGUGAGUCGCUGAAAUACUUCUUCUUUCAUGUUUCUUGUUAUAAAUAUGCAAUUAAUAAAUAUUAUAAAUAUGUUGGGCACAAUCAUGGAGAAACCAGGAGGAAUUGCAAAACUGCUCAUGGAUCAACUGGACCUCACAAACCAAAGGGGAUUGCAAGAAAGUCUUUGCACAUGAGGUUGAUUUUAAGAUGAAGGAGAUUCAAAAAGAACAAACUGCAAAGCGAGAGGCAAAACAAUUGAAAGAAAGGUUUUAUAAUCUUGGAAAUAUGGACGUCACAAACAAACAGGAUUGCAAGAAAGUGUUUGUAUCUCCUUUGAGGCAUUUGACUCUCCAAAACUACAACAUGGCUACAUGUUACGUGUCGAUGAAUUUGAAUCCCAACUUUCAAAGCAUGGAAGUCUUUAAGAAACAAUACUUUUAUUUUAUGACUAGCACACCAUAGAUGCUUCCUCAACAUUGUUGUGCAUGGCUACAGAUUGCUAGUAUAAUGCCUGGAUGGAAAGUAUCUUCAACACGUAGUCAGAAGAGGGAAAGCAAGUUUGUGGAAGAAACGAGGAAAAAAGUAAUACAAGUCAGAUUUCUUAGAUGAUGAAGAUUCUAAGAGAGAAAAUUGCAGCUAGCUAGAAAACAAGUACAACUGUUGGGCACACUCAUGGAGAAAUCUGAAAGAAUUGCAAAAUUACUCAUGGAUCAGCUGGACCUCACAAACCAAGCGGAUCACCGACAAAGCAUUUAACGAAUGAUGCACUCUGCAAGACUUCAUGGUUAGAGAUUCUGAAAAGGCCUUUGUUAAAAGUAUGAAGGAGUUUGGAUUGUUGUGUUGGGAAGAAGUUUGUUAAAGAUGCUGCCACCAAUACUAUUUUGAUGAGAUUUUGGCACCUUGAAAGUAGAUCUGUCCAAUGAUUUUCCUAUGAAUCUGAAUGAUUGAUAUCCAGAAAAUUUCCAUACGUCUGCAGAGAGAUCCUCCACAUCAGUCAAGAUACAUUCAUCCUAUAUUUGAGGCAUUUAAAAAUGGAGUAUCCCGCCACCUUCAAGGAAAAGAAGAGAGCCAUCUUGGAAAGACUCAAGAGUUUAGUUGAUCAUAGCAACAACUUUGCCUAGUUUUGUUGGAGACAUUGCAACACCUUUUUAUUGAUUUUUGUUGUCUGAUAAGUGAAUACGUGAGUUCAGUUGCUGUAAUAAAUUGUAACAUGUAAAACAUAAAUUUGAUUAAUAAAAUGGAACUACAGCUGCUCUGUAGUCGGAGACGUAGGCAGACAAUUGGCCGAACUU